UGACGCCCCUCCCUGUUGCUGCUGGGACUGAGCGCGCGCCCGGUGCUCGGCUGUCCGUGGUAACAGCGCGGUGUAGUCUACUGAGCCGCGGGUUCAACGGCGUCAGCUGUAAUGAAGCAGUGUAAUGUGUUGUACCAGACCGAAGCCCACACUCUGCACUUAGGCUACUCUUCUUCGUCCAUGCAGAAGAUGGUGGCUGGCGGCUAGUUCCAACUUCGGACUCCGUGAUUUCUUUCCUCGGCGAAGCGCACUGAAAUCAGUUGAUAGUAUAUUAAGGAAAAUGGGGGGAGAGAGGGAAUAACACGCAGUAAAGGGAUGCUGCCAAGGACUCAACCUACAUGGGAAGCAUGCUCUACUGGAGGGGUCCUGAGAUGACGGAAGUGGAGCCAGUAUUGGACUUUGCCUCCUCGGGGCGCUCGGGGAGGAGAAAUGCCCUGCCUGAUAUCCUGGGCUCACCGGCAGGUGUAAACCCUGGCGAUCUGCCUCUUAAGCUGGCUGAGCUGUCCCUCAAAGAUGGGCCGGGAGGGGCCCAGUCACCCACGGCGGAGGGGCCUCCAGCACCGCCGGAGAGCUCUGAGGGGAAAGAGGGAUCGUAGGGACUUGUUUAUUUACCUCCCCGGAGACCUGCCAAGAUACCCUGAGAGACGGGACGAGCAACGAGUUAGAGCGCGAGCAGUGGGCGAAAGAGCGAUUAUCGGUUCAGAGCCAGUCUGUUUGUGAAGCAGCUGAGCCACGGAGGGAGAGUGACCGAGCAACUCCCCGAGGACUGGAGGCAGGCACUCAGCACUAUCUGAAAAGAGUUAGACGUCUUAUUAGUUAUGAACCAGUGUGUGUGUGUAUAUGUGUAUAGGUGAGUUAUACACUCAUUGCGAACACUACACUAAGAAUAAGAAGGACCAUGAAAGAUUGUAUACUGUACACUACUAUUUUUGUAUGAUUUAUUUAAAACUAAAGAUAAACAGGAACUCAUAAGUUAAACUGUAAUAUGUACCAUUUGCUUUUCUUUUAUAGUGAUGUGUGUUACUUUACAUUGACAACAGUAGGAGGGAUUUUAAGGGCCUAAGAGCCCGUAGUGGCUCGAAGCUUUUACAUCCAGCUGGAUGCUAGGUGGCACGAGACAUAAGAAAACUUUGUGUUGUCUUCUGCUUUUACACUAAAUGUGUAUAAUCUACUGUAUGUUUUCAAAUCUAAGGCUGUUGUACACUCUAUCUUCAUUGUAAAUGUACAGUUUUUAUUCCCCACUGCAGACUGUUUUGAUCCUAAACGAUCCCUUUUUUUAGGUGUCUAUGUGAUGGUGAUAAUGUAGAAGAACCGUCCAUAUCUUGAGACAUUCCUUUAGUGUCCCACUGCCAUAAAUGUACACACUGCUUUAUUACGACACUAAAAGUCAGAGAUUUCCCUUUUGGUUUUUGCUCAAGGCUGCUUUAAAAGUCUCUUCCCUUUCGAGAACCUCUGAAAAUGUGCCUAGUGGCAGUUCACAACCCAGAACGUGUGUUCUGUUCUUUCUCUGUGAAGUACUGUUAUCGACUAUUUUGGGCUAUUGAUAUUUCCUCGGUUUUAAAAGGAGGUAUCAUAACACAUCUUUAUGGCUUCAGCUGUAAAUGCAAGAUAUAAAACACCUUUUUUAAGAUUCUGCAAAUCUGCAUAUGCGGAUCCUACACUUUGUCAGGAAAUGCAUUCCGUUUUGCGAAAAAAAAAAAAAAAAACGUUGUCAGGGCUCAUUGCGGGUGUUUCAUAUGGCGAAAGCAGCAUAUGACCGCUGACUGGCCACGGGAGCGAGCGUCGAGCAACAACAACACCACCACAAUGUGUUCCGAGUGCCGGAAAUGGCAGCACACUCGCCUUCUGCCUCUCCGCACGGAGAAAAGUCUGUUCACACUCAUCAACACAUACGCAGAGCUGUGAAUAGGAUGCAAGACGGAGAGCGAGAAACAGCGAUGCUCCGCAUUUUGUCAGCUAUCCACUCACUGCUACUGUAAAUAUACUAUAUUGUAGUAUAACCCCCGUGUGUCAUACAUGCUGCCCGUAUGAUGACAGACUUUAUUUCCAUACUGUACCCAGAAAGAAAUGGUGUUCUGUAAUUGUCUCUAUUUGAAGAUGUUAUGCCGGUGGCUGUGUCUUUCUGUGGAUGUGUUACAGUUGGUGUGCAGCUGCCCAGCCUCAGCUGUACUUUGACUAAUACUGGUCUACAUAAGUUGUAUGAUCAUCAUCAUCCUUUUUGGGGGGGUUAAAAGGUGUAUUUUGUAGUGUCCUGAUCUCUAAGUGGUGCAUACAUUUUACUUAGCUGGAUUGGAUCCCAUGUGCUGAUUCUAUCUGGUGGUGAAACCUGCCAUAUUAAACCCACAAGCUUUAUAUAUA